AUGUCUGCCACCACCACCUCCGUCGCUGCCAGCGCCACCGCCUGCAACACCGUGACCUACUGGCAGCUCCCCGUCGACGAUGCCGCCUGUGCCCUCCCCAAGACCGGCAACUACUCCGAUAUCAUGGACAAGUGCUGCUCCCCCGCCAAGGUGACCGAUUUCGACAACGGUUGCGGCCUCUACUGUCUUGCCCAGGGCCAGAGCAUCGGCGAUCUCAAGGACUGCCUGCGCAAGAACGGCGCCCAGGACGGCCGCGAGUUCUACUGCAAGGGCAAGGAUAACGCCACCGCCACUGCCUCCGCCCCGUCCUCCACCAAGACCGGCGACCAGUCUGGUACUUCCACCGGCAGCGGUGCCUCCUCCACCUCCUCCGACAGCGCCGCCUAUGCCAUCCAGCCCGCUGUCUCCAAGGGCGGUCUGGGUCUCUUGGCCAUGGUCUUCUGCUCCGCUCUCAUGGGUGUUGUUGCUUAG